AUGAAGAUGGUAGCCUUCUCCCGCGCUUUGCUCUCCUUGAGCACCAUUUUUGUCAAAAUAGCAUCCGCUUCCAGAUGCUCGCCAGCCUUUAUCGAAAAGCCAAAUUUGUCUGGAGCUUCAAUUCUCGAUAUUCAAGCCCAGGAAGCCCAUAACUUUUCCGCCACUAGCCUUGGCCCAGGAACGAACGAAGGCGGCCGAUAUACGAUCAGUUUCUGCAACGUUACCGUUACCCACACCCAUCCGGGCUGGAAUGACACAAUCUAUACUCAAGUAUGGCUCCCGCUUCGGGAAUGGAAUGGCAGGUUUCAAGCCUUGGGUGGUGGAGGCUACGCUACAGGUUUUGGCGAGACCUACCUCACAUACGCUGUCGCAAGAGGAUUCGCAUCUGCCUCUACUUAUGGGGGGGUACCGGUGGCAAAUGGGAAAGACACUAUGCCUACGGACCUGUCAUGGGCUCUUAGUAGCGAGAACAACGUGAACUGGUCCCUCCUAGAGGAUUAUGCAUCGAAGGCAACAAUCGACAUGGCCGUGAUUGGACAGCAGAUUACCAAGUCCUACUACGAAAAGCCCGCAAACUAUUCAUAUUUUGCCGGAUGCUCUGGUGGUGGACGGCAGGGUCUCUUGAUGGCACAGAAGUACCCCGAUGUUUUCGAUGGGAUAUUAGCUGUCGCCCCGGCUCUCAAUAUACAACGCUUCAUUCCUGCAGGCUUCUGGGCCUCACAAGUCAUGAACGAAAUUGGAGUUUAUCCAUCGCCCUGCGAAGUCAGAUCUUUUGUCAAAGCAGCCGUUGAGGCUUGCGAUCGACUAGAUGGAGUUGAAGACGGUAUCAUUAGCUCCCCAGACCUCUGUCAAGUUAAUGCUUCCGACUUUGUUGGCAAGAGCUACACUUGCAACGGAAUUCCGAAAACCUUCAGUGCUUCCAGCGCGAAGGUUAUCCAAGCUGCUUGGUCUGGCUCUCGCUCCGUCUCUAAGCGCGAUGGUUGGUAUGGGGUCAACAAAGACGCAGCGCUCGGCACUACCUAUGUCCCUACCGCGUGCCCUGCGAACAAUACAUGUUACUCUUCUGGAAGUGACUUGUUUGGCAACUGGCUCAAGUAUCUUGUUGCUAAGGACUCGAGCUUUUCAACCGGCAACAUGACUCAGGAGGAGUUCUUCGAAGGCCUCCGCUCUUCAAACAUUGAUUAUUCAGCGAUGCUCGGGACGAAUGACCCCGAUCUCUCCAACUUCAAGGCAAAUGGCGGCAAAAUGAUCACUUGGCAUGGGAUGGCAGAUGAAGCUAUCCCACCGCUUGGAACGAUUGCCUACUACGAGGAAGUGCUGAAAAACGAUCCAAAAGCUCAUGACUUCUAUCGCUUCUUCGAAGCGCCUGGUGUUGGCCAUUGCUACGGUGGACUUGGGCCUAUUCCAAACGGAGCGAUGUCCCAACUGCUUGAAUGGGUUGAGAACGGCCAUGCCCCUGCUGUUCUGCAUGCCACUAAAGGUAGCAACAACACAGCGAGAGACCUUUGCCCAUAUCCUCUUCGGCAGAAGUACAUUGGGGGAGAUCCCAGAAAUGCAACCUCCUUCACCUGUGCAAAAUAG